GGGGUUUUGACUUUAGCCAUCAUUUCUGCACAGUUCCGGUCUGAUAUAUAUUGUUAGCAAAGGCAAAACAAAUAGGAUGACAAGCAGGGACAUAGUUUGCAAGAAGAUCCACUUCAGACAUGACCCAAAGUGGAGUAGGCGCCUUGGGCCUGUGGAGGGAGGCGGGCUGCUGCUCUGUGUGGCCUGCCUCAUUGAAAUGAUUGACGAUGAAGACAUAGCAUCUGUGAGGAAGUCUUCUGCCUUGUCCAGUGUAAGUGGAGUGCUGAAGUGUUCUCCGGGGGCUUUGAGAGAGCUGCUCCAACAAGACCACAGAGUCUGUCUGCAUUUUACAGCCAAACUAUUGGGGAUGCUUCAAACUGCAGAGGACCCUGUAACUCUGGAGAAGGUUGACCAAGUGCUGGUUCAGCUACUCCUGGAGCUCCAGAGCGAGCUGUCAUUUCGCUUCGUUUUGGAUGAGAUACACAAACAGCUUAGUGAGCAGCUCAGUGUGAAGCAUUUCCUGCCUACAUUCAGCUUCUUGGGUAACCUAAUAAAAGCUGCCCCUACUGUGUCCCAGAGCCUUGUGACUCAUUAUGUGCCCCUGUUAGACCGCCUGUGCUCAGCGCUGCUUUUCCCAGACGAAGCACUGAAGGGUGCAGUGGUGUAUGUGUGGCUCCAACUGCUUGGAGCUCCUGGGGGCUCAGCAGCCCAGUCCUUGCCUUCUGCUGUUAGGGACAGAGUGUGUAAUGUGUUGCUGAAAACAUUAGCCAAUGCCAGCUCCCCACAGCUCCUCAGAGAUUGUGUCGGCCUGCUGUCACAGCUUGUGCAUCUGGCUGAUGCUGUGUCAGUUCUGAUGAACAGCCUGAGCUGUCAGGUCAUGUGCGAUGAGAACGAGGACAUCCUCGCCAACAACAGCCAGAGCCUCAGCCAAAACCAAGACCAACAGCCCCCUGACCACUGCCUUCUGCCUCUCAUACUGAAAAAGUUGCUUCUGAGUGGCGAUGAGAACUUGCAGGUAACCAGUGCAAAGUGUAUUGCAUCUGUUCUGGUUCAUUCCCCCAGUCAGUACAGUGCUCCCUUCAUCAACGCUGACGUACCUGAGUUUCUGUUUGACCGUCUGGCCUGUAGUAGCAACGAGGUGCUGCUGUGGUCUGCCUACAGCUGCUUGCUGCUACUAACUGAGGAGCCCCUCUUUUUCUCCCAGUGUCACUCUGUUUACGGUAUGGAGUCCUUGGUGCGCAGUCUGAAGGAGUCUUUGCAGCUGACCAACCUGGAAGUGCCAAAACAAGGGUUGCUGCUCCUCAGAGAAAUACUGGAGAGACAACCUGCAAGUGUGCGUCUGUUCCCCAGUGGUGCAGGGUUUGUGGCAGUUUCAGAGGUCCUGGUUGGUGGAGUCUCCUCCUCCUGCCUGCUGGUAGCCACACAGGCAGCCAGCGUUACCUCUGCCUUGUUCAGACUCGACCACCAGUCCAGACCAGUCCAGUACGAGGCAAUAAUCAAGUUGAUAGAGGCCAUCACCAACAGAUUUGUCAACCUAACGCUGCCCUCCCCCGCUCAUCUGCGAAGCUCUGGGAGAAUGAAGAGGUCAGAUCCCAGCAGCCAGGCUUUGAGGUCUGAAAGAUUUCUGCUCCAGUCCCUGGUCUGUUUUCAGUCUGCCUGCAGGCUGGCUGAGGAGUGUGCAUCAGACCCUGUUUUGAAGGAGAACACAUUUACAGCUCCAUACAAGCACAGCGGUGCUCAGGACUCUCUAGAGUCUCUGUGUCAAUGCCUGCUCCGCUGCUGUGACGCUGUCUGGAUACCCACUGUUAUAAGGAUGUGUGAGCGUGCACCCAGUGCCCCCAUACUGCAGAACUUCUACUCUAUCCUAUCUUCCCAGUUCACCCUGCUUCCAUCUCUCAUGCCUGCCUUUGCAAAUAAGCUCGCGUCCUCUGGUUUCUACAGACUGGCUGUGGAACACAAAGGCCUCCUCUGUGCAGGAAACAGGAACCCAAAUCUGAAUGCAUCUUGCUGUGGUUUUCUACAGAAACUCAGUAUGUGUCUUCUCUCCCCGUCAGACCUUCCUUCUGGCUCCCACCAGCACGAUCUGAAGGAGGUGGAAAAUCUACUGCUGCACAACCUUCCCUCUUUGUGUUAUCGCCUGUCUGAGUGGCCCUCUGUGCUGUGUGAAUAUCAAGGACCACAGGCUCCGAAAUACUGCCUGGUGAUAGUGCUGUACCUCGCCCUGCAGCAAGGAGACAGGCUCCUCCCUGACCAGAUAGUCUUCUCCAAUGUUGUGUGGCUGUUGCGCUCUGUGCAGGAGCAGGGCUGUGUCCUGCCUCACUCUGUGCUCCGCUCUGCCCUCUACCUGCUGGCACUGACACAGGACAAGAGCCCCUCACUCGAUGGGGCUUCUUUGAAUUGCAUCAGCAAGGCACUCUCCUCCUGCCAAAGCUUCUCUUCGCUCUACUUUCACCAUGCUGCGCUGAUCCACUUCAUGUGUCGAUACCCAGAGCUGGCAGAGAAAUUUGCCGCCGUGGUCUUGGAGCUGUGGUUGACCAAGGAACAGGACACAAACACAGGGCUUACCCCGGCAGACACACAGGAGGAGAAAGAAAGCUGUGCAGAUGAGAGGUCGGAUCAGAAGACAGACACAGAAACCAUGGAGCUGCUGUCUGUGAUGGAGAAGUACCCAGCUGUCAUACUGACCCUCCUGGACAUGGUUUGCACCAGAGAGGCUCCUCUAGCUGAGCGAGUGUUGGGUGUACUAGAAGUUCUUCUGGGAGGUCAAAGAGGCUACAACAUAAACCUGUGUACAAAGCUAAGACCAGCCUUGCUCCAGGCUCUACAGCGGGUCAGUGUGGUGAACACAGACCAUUGGUUUGAACAGGAAUACUCUGCACAGGUGAACUCCCUCCCUCUGGUGCUGAAGCUGCUUUGUGUGACGCAGGCCAGUGAUCCACCUUCAUCUCCCCAUUACAGUAAUAUGGAAGGAGUGCACUUCAAACUGCUAUACCAUGUGAGUAACAUAGCAGGGAGGUUGAAGCCUAUAAAAACAGAGAGCCUGCUGCCUGCCAUCAGCUACCUGUACUGCUGCCUGAGCCUGUCCCCUGCACACUGCACUGACAGAGCUGUCUCCAUGCUGCUCUCUAACAGCGGGCUGAUGGACCAGCUGCAGACAGUCUUCUCCUCCUCCUCCUCCUCCUCCUCCUCUUCCUCUGCCACAUCCCUCUCUCCAUCAGCCUGUCCUCCUUUGGCCCUGCUGUGCUGCUGCCAUCUACUCCUGUCCUCCCUCAUUACCUUGCAGCGUGUUCACUCCACUCAGGUCCGUAAGAGCAUCACUUGGAGUCUGGACACAGCUGUGCAGCGACUCCUUACUCAGAAGAGAAACACAGACAGUCUCCUGCUGAUCAGCUACCUGAGGCUGCUGCAGGUUCUGCUUGAUACUGACCUGGCAUCGGAAGUUGUGUGUCUGACUUCUGGUCCUGGCUUGGUUGGGCUCAGACCUCUUGGGGUUGAAGACGGUGCUUUGUACCCACUUGGCUCCAGAGGGGCGCAGUGCCUCUCAAUUGCUCUCAGUGGACUCCUUCUGCAGAAGCACGAGUUGCUGUUGCGAGCCUCAGUCAACUGUCUGAGCUCCCUGCUGGGCUUCCUUCAGAGAAAGAGUCCCGCUACAGCCAAGCAUGUGGUGUGUCAGCCAUGGAGUCGAUUCCUCCUCCACAGCCUGCUCAGCUCAGGACAGAGCUGCCUUCUGCACCCUGCCAUUCUCAGAUUCAUCAUACUUCUGCUGCAGGACAGCGGGACACCAGUGCUGCGGGAGCCUGACCUGCUCCAGGUGAUGGAGGGAGUGGAGAGGAGGGGGGUGAAGGAGCUCAGCAAGGAAGCAGAAGAGGCCUUGAGGCUGCUGCUGACACAGAUCCAGAGCAGAGACCUUCUACCCAGAGAGGAACACAAGCAGAAAGUGAAGAACAUGAUAGAGGAACUCGGAGAGUCCGAUGAGAGCUGCAGACACAGUCAGUCCCACGAUGUCCUACAUGUUGGAGACGUGCCCCUCUGCCUGUCUGACUUUGUGCUUUAGACAGGACGUCGAUUUUGAAAGUUCUUCACCUUGCUCAUUUGUUGCUUCCGUUUGUUUGACUGUUUCUGUUGUGCUCCUAAAACAAUACAACCUGUAGUUUCACAGCGUCCUAGCAAUCUGACUGACUGCAUGCAUUUGUUCAUAGAAGCUAGUUCAUAUUUGCAGCAGUGUUAAAGAAAACGAACAUCUUGAAUUAUAAGUGCAUCAAUAAAUCACUUGUUUUUGUUACAGGC